AUGGACACACCAUCCUACACCGACCGCGUUUCAAGACCGUCUUCCGCAGCACCACCUGCGACAGCCGACGAGAAUAGCUUGGUCAUCAACUCCCGUCGUAAGUUCAGACGGCGAGGUACAGGCUCCGUGUCCGAGUCGAAAAGCGAAGGCUCAGAAGAUGAGGCAGGCUCCAUGUCGGAAUCAGAAGAACAUGAAUUAGGUCUGCUGGACUCGGAUGUGGAAGGCGAUCAAGAUGCAGAGACUGGCCUGAGUCGACAUGACAGACGCAAAUACAUCAAGAGAAAGCGGCGGCGAGAUGGCCUUGGUGCAAGGAUUGCUGGCACCGCAGGCAUAUCCAAUGAUGAAGCGAGGGAGGCGGACAAGAAUGUCCUGCGCAACCUGAUCAUCAACGCCGUCCUCAUAGGCCUGUGGUACUUCUUCUCGCUCGCUAUAUCGAUCUACAACAAGAUGAUGUUCUCAUCCGACCACCUCGACUUCCACUUCCCUCUGUUCGCAACUUCGCUACACAUGGUGGUCCAGUUUAUAUUGGCUUCUGCCGUCCUCUUGACGUUCCCAUCAUUACGACCAUCCGUUCCCAGGAACCCAGACGGGUCAAACCCUUCAACACCACUCGUUUCACCUUUAUUCUAUUUUACACGGCUCGUGCCCACGGGUACUACGACCUCUCUCGACAUUGGACUCGGCAACACCUCGCUCCGAUACAUAACCUUAACCUUCUACACAAUGUGUAAAUCAUCGGUCUUGAUCUUCGUCCUUGUGUUCGCCUUCCUCUUCCGCCUGGAAAAGCCGUCGCUCAAGCUCAUACUCAUCAUCCUCACCAUGACGCUGGGAGUUCUCAUGAUGGUCGCUGGCGAGACAGCAUUUCACGCCCUCGGCUUCGCAUUAGCCAUUUCUGCUUCCUUCUUCUCCGGUUUCCGCUGGGCAUUGACGCAGAUCCUCCUCCUUCGCCAUCCCGCAACGUCGAAUCCGUUCGCGACAAUGUUCUUCAUCGCGCCAAUCAUGUUCGUCACGCUAUUCUUGAUCGCAUGCGUCUCCGAGACACCCUCCGCAGUCAUCACGGGUCUAUUUCUCCUAUUUAGGGAACACGGAGUGCUCAAAGCCCUGCUCCUGCUGAUUGUCCCGGGUUGCAUUGCUUUCUGCAUGAUCGCCAGCGAGUUCACCCUGCUCCAGCGCACAAGUGUUGUUACGCUCAGUAUUUGCGGCAUCUUCAAAGAAGUCGUCACCAUCAGUGCCGCCGGCAUUGUCUUUCACGAUGAAUUAUCCGUGGUGAACAUCUCGGGUCUGAUCGUCACCAUCAUCAGCAUCGCAAGCUACAACUACCUGAAAGUCGUCAAGAUGCGAGAGGAGGCGAGAGAGAAACUGAAAAAGAGGGACGAGCGGCAAUAUCACGAGGUGGAGGAUGAGGAUAACGGUCUAGGCGACACACCGAACUCAAGUUCGGCCCCCUUGAUCCGCAAUGUAAUAACUGCGGAGCCCGAGGCGGACACAUCUACAAGGCCUGCUAUGGGUUCUUCGGCAAAGCGGAAGGAAGCUACUGAGUGA